AUGGCGUAUAAAUCAAUCUAUGAUUUCUCUGUUGAGACCCUGGAUAGACAGCCGGUUCCGCUCAGUAACUACAGGGGUAAAGUGCUUCUCAUCAUCAACGUUGCCACCUUCUGAGGGUCAACAAUAGAGGAGUACCACCGACUGAAUGCACUGAUGGAAAUGUUUGGUGACCUUAAUUUCACUGUCCUAGGAUUCCCCAGCAACCAAUUCGGUCUCCAGUCACCUGAGGGAAAUCAUGAAACCCUCAACAUUCUUCACCAUGUGAGACCUGGUGGUGGGUUUGUGCCAAACUUUCCUGUCUUUGGAAAAGUUGAGGUGAAUGGAUUGAACGAAGAGCCUCUUUUCACCUAUCUAAAGGAAUUGUUGCCAUUUGUGAAUCCCGUUAUUGGAGAUAUGAAGAAAUUAUACUGGUCCCCAAUCAAUGUCAAUGACAUUCGGUGGAAUUUUGAAAAGUUCUUAAUUACGGCAGAAGGCAUGCCCUUCAAAAGGUAUGAACUUCAUUGCCCCAUUGAGAAUGUGGAGAAGGACAUAGCAGGUCUUCUCUGACGAAUUUUCUUCAAUGUGUCACCGGUGGCAGAGUGACGAUCCCCCAGUAAAUGGACACGUGCACCUGUGUUGGAUCUGAUGGGAAGAGGAACAGGACUCGGGGCUUUAGUGCAUUCACUCUGAGAACGAGUUCCCCUUCAGCUACCGGAGGAGUUUGCCUGUCACAUAAAUAUGAAUAAAUAAAAACAUUUUAAAAGACA